GCCCCUCGCUGCCUCCCCUCGUUGCCCCUCGGGGCGUUCCGCAGCCCCGCCCGGCUGCAGCCCCAAGGGCCCGGGAGCACCGAGCGCUCAGGGACCGGCCCUGGAGGAGCCCCCGGGAGCUGCAGCCGCGCCCCGAGCCCCCGCGGGACUCCCGCAGGGGGCGGCCCCGGGCCCCUCGGACAGCCCCGUGCUGCCGGCGGGGCCCCGGAACCGGAACCGGAACCGGAACCGCCCUGGCCGCGGCCGGAACCGGAACCGGCACCAGAACCGGCAGCGGUACCGGGUCCGCCGCGGGGGGUCCUGUCCCGGCACGCCCCGCCCCCUCGCGGGGAAUCCGCCAAUCACCGCCGGGCGCGCCGUGACGUCACGACUCCGGCAGCGCCCCCCUCAGGCGCUCAGUAGAGCCCCGAGAACCGCCCCCAGUCCCGGUCCCGCCCCCCUCCCGCAGGCUGGCCAAUCACGGCCGCGCUCUGCGGAUUGGCAGCUCGACCGCCAACCGGCUCCGCGUUUUCCUCCACCCUCCCGCCGACCGACAGCGCGACGGACCAAUCACGCGCCGCCCCCGCCGCGUGGGCGGUGCCUCCCGCCCCGCCGUCCGUGCCGGUUCCGGGUGGCCGCGGGGAUGGCGGAGGCGGGCGGGGACCUGCGGGGAGCGCUCAGCGACACCGUGCUGAGCCUGGAGCGCCUGGACACCGACCUGUUCCGGGGCCGGCACCACUGGGUGCCCGCCACGCGCCGCCUGUUCGGGGGGCAGAUCGUGGGGCAGGCCCUGGUGGCGGCCGCGCACGCCGUGAGCCGCGACGAGCAGGUGCACUCCCUGCACUGCUACUUCGUGAGGGCAGGGGACCCCGCGGUGCCGGUGCUGUACCAGGUGGAGCGGACCCGCAGCGGGAAGAGCUUCUCGGUGCGCUCCGUGAAGGCCGUCCAGCACGGGCAGCCCAUCCUCAUCUGCCAGGCGUCCUUCCAGCGGUCCCAGCACAGCCCCCUGCAGCACCAGUUCUCCAUGCCCGCCGUGCCGCCGCCCGAGGAGCUGCUGACCCAGGAGGAGCUCAUCGCCAGGUUCCUGCAGAAUCCCAACUUGGCAGAGAAAUACAGAAGGCGCCUCAACAAGAUCCAAGCGGAAAAUGUGCCGAUUGAUAUCAAACCCGUCAACCCCCCGGAUAUAUUCACCACGGAGCAGCAGGAGCCGAAGCAGCUCUUCUGGGUGCGAGCCCGCGGCUACAUAGGAGAUGCCGACAUGAAGGCGCACUGCUGCGUGGCCGCCUACAUCUCGGACUACGCCUUCCUGGGCACGGCCUUGCUGCCCCACCGGCAGUACAACGUCAAGUUCAUGGUGUCCCUCGACCACUCCAUGUGGUUCCACGCUCCCUUCCGCGCUGACCACUGGAUGCUCUACGAGUGCGAGAGCCCCUGGGCGGGUGGGUGCCGAGGGCUGGUGCACGGGCGCCUGUGGCGCAGGGACGGGGUCCUGGCUGUCACCUGCGCACAGGAAGGAGUCAUCCGGGUGGAGCAGAAACCGACCCAGAGUAAACUCUAGCCAAGGGCGCCGGCGGCAGCAGUGGCACCAAGCUCCCUGUGCCGGGGCUGAGGGCUGCGGAGGAGCCUGCACCAAACUGGCCGUGGGCGAAGGCGGAACCCCGGGCAGCAGAGGAAGGGGCAGCAGAGAAUGGGCUGCGGAGCCCGGCCUGCCGGAGGGCUGGUGCCAGCACCUCGGUGCUGAGCUGGACCUGCACGGGCGGCACUUUCACCGCCUGUCAGCGUGUAACGUGAGCUCAGCCAGCCUUCACCCAGUGUAAAUAAAGCCAUCACGUGAACGGGC